AUGGGAUUGGAUUCCGCAAGCUCAUCCACCGACUCGCCAGACGGCGACAGAGAAGAAGAGGAUCCUCCGGAUCUCCAUGGGCCCGCGACAGCCCAUGUGAGUGUCUUCUCAUCACGGAGUGGUUACUCCGUACUGCCGGCAGUCCCUCCCGAUGGACCUGGGAAGGUGUCGGGGAGACCCAAACGGGUGUCCAGUCACGCUGCUCCACCAUCUCCACCCGCGCGAUGCUUCCCCAACUCCACGCCAAAGGCUAACCAUGUCUCAGCACUGCACCGUCCAGCGGUGGCCGAUAGGGACGAGAGGAUGGCGAGAGGACUACUGGAACCGGCGAAUUCUCGGUCGCACUGCCUGAACGGAACGCCUGAAACUAUCUCCGUUCCCGGCAGUUUGGGAGCUGCAGAAACUCAACCGUGGAAAGGAUUUGCCCCCUCGCCGGCGAGGGGUCCAUGGAAGAUAUGCUGGCUUACCCCAACUGCCUCCAUCGUAUCCCCAUCGAUCGAAUGGACCAAGCGCGCUGAAGAAAGUUCACCAGGAGCCAAGAAAUCUGCAUUCGCAAGCUCAAGAGAAAUGAGCACUCCUUCAAGGAUGGGCAUUUGGGAGCGCAAUUGGCUCUUGGAGCAGGCUGAGGCGCAGUGGACCGAUGGGGGGAAGGCGGAUCGACGCGGUCCCGAGGAGGAUCGACCGGGUUCCCAACUCCAAUCCCUCCUGAUCCUCGUUCCAUGUGCUCUGCUCUCCGGGCCCGCGCUGAAAUGA